AUGGCGGGCAUUGAACAAAUUGUAGUACAUUCCAAGAGCUACGUUGUUCGGUGGAUACAGGUACCCGAGCAUCAGUCUAUAUCAUGGUCCGUCGAGCCGCAUAAGAAAAGCAUCAACUUUGGCAUCUUCAAACACCCUGGCACGAAAGGAGGACUUGCGCCGGUACUACCCACGCAUGAGACAGUCGAUGGUGCCGCAUCAGUGCCAGGCACACCAGCUCUUGAUGGACCGCCGACGGUGACUAAGAGAGGCCGGCAGGGGUCAGUGGGUAAGAGUGAUGACAGUACUGCAGUGGAGAAGCUGGAGAGCAUUGGCUUGAAGAAGGUGGCAUGGGCAGGAAGAUGUGAGGCCGACAAGGUCGCGAUGGGCCGCUUCGAUGUGCAGGAUGGCGAGGGGGGGAUGUAUGGAAUGGUGUUUGACAACACUUUCUCGAAACAGACGUCCAAGACUGUACACUUCGUGGUCAUGACACAUCCGACCAAUGCGCCGCCGAAGUCUGGGCAUCAUCUACACUACUCACAAGCAUUCGCUGCGAAUAAUACGAGCACGAUCGCCAAAAGCUACAGUCCUUCCUUACAGCCCAUCACGGACUCGACCGAAAGUUUGCCUGCAGGAUCACCACUUCAUCGUGCUGUACUCGAAGAUCCGCGUCCGAUGUCGAAGGGUGGCAAAGGUACAGAGUCCCGAGGCCUGGAAGGGUCAUCGUUCUAUACGGGUGUGUUGAACAAGAAGCGGCGCAAGAAGGGUCAAGGCUACGCCAAACGGUUCUUCUCGCUGGAUUAUACCUCGUCGACGUUAUCCUACUAUCGUGACCGGCAUUCUUCCGCUUUACGGGGUGCAGUACCGCUGUCCCUAGCAGCUGUCGGAGUGGAUGAGAAGAGACGCGAGUUCUCCAUCGACUCGGGAGCAGAAGUAUGGCAUCUCAAAGCACCGAAUAAGAAGGAGUUCGAGGGUUGGCGCGAUGCUUUGGAACGAGCAUCAUCGUCCACUGUGAUCACCGUAUCUGAGCCAGCCACGCCUGCAAAGUCGGUGGGGAUGAUGCCGCGCAUGCCUGCGUCGAACCCUGCCGAGGAUCGGGAAUGGCAGAUGGUCGAAGAGCUCGUCAGCAAAGUAUCUGGCACCCGAGAUGCGGUACGCGGCCUUGCGAAGGACACCGACCCGAAGUACUUGCCUGGUGUGAAUGGCGCUGGCUUAGGACUUACGAACUCUCGAGGCAGUAGUACUGCGCCGAGCCCGUCUUCGUACGAGCAUACCAAUCCAUACUUCCCGGAGACAGCUGGAGAGGAGCGUGAGAAGCGGCCGUUCUGGCGCCGCAAAACUAGUGCAAGCACAGAGCGUAGCACGGCCGGAAUUAUCCGCAGAAGUGUCUCUGCGCAGCUUGCUGUACCCUCACCAUCAAGUAUGCCUUUGCCAGUCUCCCCUAUGCCUGGUGCGAUGUACGUCAACAAACGUCCGAGUAUCACACAUGUCCCGCAGGCCGACGAUGUUCACGAUCGAUGCAUGGCUCUAUUGAAAGAUCUGGACAGUGUAGUCACGGAUUUCUCAGCUCUGAUAGCUGAAAGCAAAGCUCGACGCAAGCCACCGCUUUCCACUUCUGGCUCACGCAUGUCCCUAGAGUCAGUCGAUAACGACGAGUUCUUCGACGCUGAAGACGGAGUGGCGAGUUCGUCUCAGCUCCUCAGCAUUCACCGAAGUGAGAGUGAAGAUGCCGAGACGGAGCAGGAUCAAGACGAGGAACCAGAGUCUGAUACCAGCAGUGACGCUGGCGACGCUGCUCGAGAGUCGAUCUUCGCCGCUACGCCAAAAUCCAAGCAGUCUUCACUUUUCCCGCCACUACCCACCACCCUACUUCCUCUGCCCUUGCCACCUGCGAAGAGGCGAGGCACGAUCACCCCUCCUAAGCAAGCACCACCAAGUAUCAUCGGCUUUCUGCGAAAAAAUGCCGGCAAAGAUCUCUCCACGGUCUCCAUGCCCGUCACAGCCAACGAGCCGACGUCACUACUGCAACGACUUUCUGAGAGCUUGGAGUACCCACAGCUACUUGAUCAAGCUGCUUCCGCAUCUACUACGCCCGCGGAACGCUUGAUGUACGUCUCUGCAUUCGCGGUAUCAUACUUCUCCAACAACCGAGUCAAGGAGCGAGCAGUACGCAAGCCCUUCAAUCCGAUGCUCGGCGAGACGUACGAGCUCGUGAGAGAAGAUCUUGGCUUCCGCUUCCUGGCUGAAAAAGUCUCCCACCAUCCUGUCAGGAUGGCUUGUCAAGCCGAGAGUCUCAACAACGGCGGCUGGACAUUCACACAAUCGCCUCAACCCGUGCAGAAGUUCUGGGGCAAAAGUGUCGAGCUCAAUACCGAAGGGCGGGCGCGAGUAGUGCUGCAUUCGGUUGGGGAGCAGUACUCCUGGAAUCAGGCGACGUGCUUCUUGCGCAACGUCAUCGCGGGCGAGAAGUACGUCGAGCCGGUGCAGGCCAUGACUAUCCAUUGCGAGAGCGGUGGUAUGCGAGCAAUUGCCACUUUCAAAGCGGGUGGGAUGUUUUCGGGCAGGAGUGAAGAGAUCAGCGUGCAGCUGUUCGACCCACUCGAUGGCGCGCUGGACAUCGGUCUGGCUGGGAAGUGGACUGAGGGGCUUAAACGUACGGAUACAGGCGCUGUGGUCUGGUCUGUGGGAUCGCUGGUGCCUGAUGCUCCCAAGACAUAUGGUUUCACGGCUUUCGCCGCGACACUCAACCAAGUCACAUCUAUCGAGGAAGGACAUCUAGCGCCCACUGACUCACGUUUGCGGCCCGAUCAGCAGGCCCUCGAGCUCGGAGAUGUGGACAAAGCGGAGGCGCUCAAGGCUCGGCUGGAAGAACGACAGCGUGCUCGAAGGAAGGUACUGGAGAGUCAUGGUCGGACGUGGCAGCCCCAAUUCUUCGAGAAGGUCGUUGGUGGGAGUGAGAAAGCGGACGAUGGGAUGUGGGUGUUGAAGCAGCAGGGCAAGGGUUACUGGGAGCGGAGGGUCAAGGGCGAGUGGGAUGAUUUGCAUGUUGUGUUCGAGACUUGA